UGACGACAAAAUUAGCAAAACAGCCAAAUCGUGAAAAGAUCUGCAUGCUGAAGCACUCUGUCGCCCAAACUCUCUGUUUCUCUCCCGCUAUGUAUCUGAGAUUUGAGAUGGCAGUACACGGAUGAUACAUUUCAACUACAGAAGCUGUAACGUGGAUAAAGGGCAUAUUGCUUGCUGCUUGCGGGGAUAAAUUGAGUAUUAUGGAAAGUCCGGCUCGUUUAAGAUGUCUCCUGUUAGCUCUGACGGCACAGUUUCUUGUGUGUUCAGGUCAGAACCACCUGCUCGAUAGCAAAGAUACGACAUUCGUGGUUGGGUUCCCUGCACAGGACCCGCGCAAAGGGUCUUCCGGUAAAAACCGUCUCUACAUUACAGCAGACGAGGACACAGAGGUUUACCUAGAGAUACCAGAUCUAAACGAUAAUAGAACCGUACAAUUACGAGCCGGCGGCUCUUACGACAUUGCACUCCCAGGAAAUACCCGCAUGGAUAGCCACACGGGGGGAGGGUUGAAGGGGAUUCGCAUAACCGCUAAUGUGUCCGUGUCGGUAUACGGACUAGGCUUGGUCGAUCAAUCAAGCGAUGGAUUCCUUGCAUUGCCGGUAGGCUUACUCGGUACAGAAUAUAUCGUCCCGACAUACGCGCCAAGCAUGAACGCCUUUGUGAUGGUCAUCGCUGUGCACGAUGACACUAGGAUCUCCUUCAAGCUUCGCCUCUCCGGUCCUGGGUUCAUCACGUAUAGAUAUAUGAAUUUUAGGAACGGAGACACGUUGAAUGUGACGUUGGCCAAGAAGCAUGAGGCGUUCCAGAUUCUAGCGGACAGUUACGCCGGCUCUUUAUCAGGCACGCGCGUGACGUCAUCGAAGGUGAUCUCUGUGUACUCAGGUAACGACUGCGCGAAUGUCCCGAUCAACAAGGGCGCAUGUGAUCACCUCGUGGAGCAGGUCCCACCCGUGUCCACCUGGGGCAGGACUUUUCUUGUCAAGGCAACGGAACAAAGACCCGCCGGAGACCUCUUUCAGAUUCUGGCCUCUGCGAAUAACACUGUAGUGCGGAUAGAAACAGCGUCAGACUCCAUCAUAAGGAAUCUUAAUGCGGGUGAUGUCUUUUUCUUUGAUGCGAACUACACAAGCAGUUACGUCAUCGUGACAAGCAAGCCGUCACUUGUCACGCAAUACUCUAAGGGUAGUACUACGGACGGGUCGGCGUUCGCGCCAUUUAUGAGUAUUAUUCCCUCUACGGACCAGUUCUCUAAUGACUUUACACUAGUAGUGCCGGAUGAUCCUUCGGGGUCCUUUAAUGGGUAUGCAACAAUUUACAUCUCUUCCCUAAAGAAGUCAGGAGUAAAAAUCACUAGUAUCCCAAACAAAACGUUGCCCACUUUAAUCUGGCAGCAGAUCCCGAAUUCAGUCUUCUCCGUCGCCACCCUUGCUCUCCCGAGAGCGCAGUAUCGUUUCUACCACACAUCCCCUCUUGUGACCUUAUCCGUCAUAUUCUACGGCGUAGGAAAUUUGGCAGCGUUCGGAUUUCCGGCGGGAUUCCGAAUCUCCCGGCCUCCGCGCGACUGUGUCCCGACCAGCAUGGUACCAGGAGACCGACAAGAUAACGACUGCGACGGCAAAGUCGACGAAGAGAUAUUAAAUGGUAUUGACGACGACAGGGAUGGCCUGGUGGACGAAGAUCUUGUCACACGACCUCCUGUUAUCGUCCUAAGCCCAACGACUAACAGCAAGCAAUGCACUUGGGGUGAUUCAAAAUACGCGGUCGAUUUACCUUCGUAUACUGUGUUCGGCAUGUGUAAUGUUCGGGACGCCAACAAGAUGGUGCAUCAAGAUAUUGCCAUCCAUCGCAGUGAGAGCUGCUGGAUUAAGAAAACGCGCGAAUGGACGCUCACGGAUGGCUGCGGUAACAUUGUCAAGAAAACACAAAAUCUUAACGUACUCACUCCUUCACCUACAACGAUAGACUUCCCUAAAGAUGCUUACGGUCAAUGUCCAGCGUCGGCGUUCGACGUAAAUCUAGACUUGUUUGGUAGGCCUCGAGUCACAUCUGCAUGCCCUGGUGAUCCGCAGAUAGAGAGCAAGGACAGUGGGUUGAAGGUCCUGAAGGAUUGUGGGUACGUAACGCCAGUGGCCGUGACACGCAUGUGGAAGGUAACUGACGUGUGCAUGAAUGUGACCAAUCACAAGCAGACGAUUUACUUUCAAAAUCAAGGAACCAAACCAACCAUUCGUAGCCCAUCACGCCCGAUAUCCAUCACCAAAGGACAAGAGGAGAAUAUAACGCUGACCUGUACAUCUGUGGGCACGCCUACCCCUUUGAUCACGUGGGUGCUACCGGACGGCAGUCAGGUGAACAGCACGCACUACAUCACCGAGACCGAGGUGUUGGAUGACUUGGAACUGAGGACACGCCUCAAGCGGCCCCAGCCUGGUGGAUCUCUGCUUAUAACUGAUAGUCGCGAGGUUGACACUGGGGUUUAUGUGUGUAUUGCUAGGAAUGUGCUGGGAAAUGACACCGUGUCGGCUAAUGUUACGGUGCGCAAAGAUCUCGUAGAUGUUGAUGCGAGUAUCACGCUUCCUGAUGAAGUGUUUGAUGACGAUCUUCUAGACACCGAGUCUGAACGAUAUGUUGAGCUAAAAACUACCUUUGAAUGGGAGUUAACCCAAAUCUUCAUCAAUAUGUCUGGCUUCCAGGAAGUUGAUAUCCUAGGGUUCAGAAAUGGCAGCGUAAAGGUUCUGUUUCGAGUUGUCGUGAAAACACAAGAUAAGAAGGAGAAACCGGAGGUGGCUGUGAGUAAGGUUGGCAAGCAUCUAAGUCUUAAGGUCAAGGGCGGUAGGAUCGGUUCCUACAAAGUCAUUCCCACUGCGGCACUACAAGAAAAACCACCUCCUCCUAAAGAACUUCAAGCCAGCAAUGUCAAGAAGACGGAGGUUCAUAUCACGUGGGCCCACCCCGAGCUAUACGGCAUGUAUUCUAUCACGGGUUAUUUGCUACAGUACAAGGAAUUCGGCUCAUCAAAGUCUUGGAAGACUUACGUCACAGUUAGGGGAGACAACCACAGAAUAGGCAAUCUCGAGGCGGGAACGAGUUAUUCGGUACGGCUCAAGUCGAAAAACAAGUAUGGUCACAGUGAGCCUAGCGAGAACCUGGAAUUCGCCACACAAAAAGGGCAUAGUGGUGCGGAGCUUGCCCUGAUGAUUGUGGUUCCCUUGCUGGUGAUCGCAGUUGCCAUUGCACUCGGGUUGUACUUCAUCAGGCGCAAGCGCAGAAAGAGGCAGGGAUUCAUGCGCGCAGAUACCGUGGAGAGUCACACUGUCCGCUAUUGUGCAAACCCGAGUAAUGGCUUCAGGUUUGACGAGUCUAACGCGCACUGGCGGCAAAUACCGCGGGAGGCGGUAGAGCUUGGGCGAACCCUUGGGGAGGGCGAGUUCGGCAAGGUUAUAGAGGGUAACGUCACAGAACCAGACGGUACCAGGGUACAUUGUGCUGUCAAGAAACUCAAGCGGACGGCGACGGAAAGCGAUUGGAAGGAUUUACUGAAUGAGCUAGAUAUUAUGGUGCAGGUCGGAGAGCAUCCUAAUAUUGUCAACCUCAUCGGCGCAUGCUCAGAUCCAGAGGGUCCGCUGAUGGUGAUCGUCGAGUUCUGCGGUAAUGGAAACCUACUUCACUACCUCCAGAAAAACAGCAACAAAAACUACAGCAACCUUCAUGAAUACGUACUGACAAUACCCGCACGCGAGCGCCUGCGGAUAGCCGCUGAUGUUGCCAGCGGUAUGGCCCAUCUGGAGAAAAUGAGGUGCGUUCACCGUGAUCUCGCUGCAAGAAAUGUACUGCUGGAUGAGGCCUUGACGGCAAAGGUCUCAGACUUCGGCUUAUCACGUGACAUCUAUACAAACAGCGUCUACGAAAAGACGACAGGGGGAAAACUACCAGCCAAGUGGAUGGCGAUAGAGUCUAUCGAGGCGGGACUUUACACAUCACACAGCGACGCGUGGUCAUUUGGUGUGUUAUUAUGGGAGAUUGAAACAGGAGGAUGCAUCCCUUACCCCACAUUCACGGUGCAAGAAAUGUUAAACUCACUGAAGAAAGGGUAUCGACUGGAAAAGCCCCCGUAUUGCCUUGAGCCAUUGUACACGUUGAUGUUGAGUUGUUGGAGUGCAGAUCCUGCCCUGAGACCACAUUUUGUGGAAAUUUGCGCGCGUCUGAAACAGCUACAUGACGUAACUCCGCAAAUAAAGUCACACAACAACGAGUAUACGGUCGAUGGAUACGAAGACAUGUCUGGGAGAGAGACAUAUGCAUAAGAGGGUAUUCCACUUGACCUGCCCAUCAGCUAUGGGCAACAUGGACAUGUCUGUGAGACAAACAUAUGCAUAAAAGAAUCAACCAAUCAGCAGUCAUGUUUCUAGUCAUGUGGUGGCGGCAAGAAAUGGUGAUUCUAUGAGUUACACCAAAUACUGAUAAUGGGCUCUGAACUCUGCCUAAUCUUGGUCUUUACUCAAAUGUUUUCAUCAAGGCAAACCACUUCCA